AUGAUUUUCUCAGUCUCAGUCUCCGUGUUGGCCUCUCUAACACCAUACAUACUAGUCACAUCAUUACUUCUCUUCUUUCUCCUGGAGCAGAUCUCAUACCUUCGCAAGAAAGGUAACAUCCCUGGCCCUCACUUGGUCCUUCCGAUCAUCGGAAACGCCAUUUCAGUCAUCCGUGAUCCUACUUCCUUCUGGUACAAACAAUCCGAUAUGGCCGGAAUCUCCCCUGGCCUCUCCGCCAACUACCUCGUCGGCAAAUUCAUCGUCUACAUCAGAGAUACUGAGCUCUCUCAUCAGAUCUUCACCAACGUUCGUCCCGAUGCCUUCCACUUCGUCGGACAUCCUUUCGGCAAGAAGCUCUUCGGUGAUCACAACUUCAUCUACAUGUUUGGCGACGAUCACAAGUCCGUUCGCCGCCAGAUUGCUCCGAAUUUUACACACAAAGCACUCUCCACCUACUCUGCUCUCAUGCAAGUUAAUAUCCUUCGUCAUCUCCGCCUCUGGGAGGAAACUCUUCCCGGUCCAGUGUCGCUGCGAAAUCUCGUCCGUGAUCUCAACCUCGAGACUUCCCAGACGGUUUUCGUUGGACCUUACCUCGACAAGGAAGCUAGAGACAGGUUCCGUACGGAUUACAAUAUCUUCAACGUCGGCACAAUGACGCUUCCGAUUGACCUCCCGGGCUUCGCCUUCUACGAGGCUCGCUUGGCGGUGAAGAGGCUGGCUAGUAUACUCGCCGACUGCGCCGGAAAAUCAAAAGCGAGGAUGGCGGCAGGGGAAGAGCCGACAUGCCUGAUCGAUUUCUGGAUGCAGCCGAUCGUCGCGGAGAUCGAAUCCGGGAAUCCUCCGCCGCCGCAUUCCAGAGAUGAAGAGAUCGGCGGUUUCCUCUUCGAUUUUCUCUUCGCCGCUCAAGACGCGUCCACGUCUUCGCUUCUGUGGGCGGUGGCGAUGCUUGAUUCGGAGCCGGCGGUGCUGAGAAAAGUGAGAGAAGAAGUCGGCAGGAUCUGGCCGCCUGAGUCCAACACGUUGAUCACCGUUGAUCAGCUGGCGGAGAUGAAGUAUACGGUAUCCGUGGCGCGUGAGGUCGUUAGAUUCCGUCCUCCGGCGUCGAUGGUCCCACACGUUGCUGCUGUAGAUUUCCCACUCACGAAAUCGUACACUGUCCCGAAAGGUACUAUCAUCUUUCCCUCGGUCUUUGACUCUUCGUUCCAAGGGUUUACAGAACCGGACCGGUUUGAUCCUGACCGGUUUAGCGAGACAAGAAAAGAGGAUCAGGUGUACAAACGCAAUUUUUUGGCGUUUGGGUGGGGCCCGCACCAGUGCGUGGGCCAACGUUACGCCCUGAACCAGCUCGUGCUCUUUAUCGCUAUGUUCUCGACGCUGUUGGAAUUCAAGAGGCUUCCAUCGGACGGCUGUAAUGAGAUCAUAUACUGCCCCACCAUAUCGCCUAAGGAUGGGUGUACGGGUUUCUUGUCUAGGCGCGUCGCAGCGUAUCCCGAUAUUUCGUUAAAUUGA